CGCUUAUGCAAUGCAAUGGUACGGUAGUGAGAGUUCGAGGCGCCUCUCUCUCUCCCUCUCUACAAUUCUCAUUCAAACUUUCUCUCUUUCUCUACGAUUUUCUCAGCUUUUCUUUCUCUUUCUCUCUCCCUCUCUCGUUCUCGCUCUGGAACAGGGCACUUACAGAGCAAGCAAGCCAUGGCGGUUCCAGCAUCACUUGUUAUCGUUCCCAUUGGAAUCCUUUUCCUUUUCUCAGGCUUAACUGUUAAUCUUUUUCAGGCAGUUUUUUUCGUUCUUGUUCGUCCCCUAUCAAAGAACAUGUACAGGAGGAUUAAUAAAGUAAUUGCAGAAUUGUUAUGGUUGGAACUCAUUUGGCUCAUUGAUUGGUGGGCAGCUAUUAAGGUUGAGGUGCAUACAGAUGCAGACACAUUUCGAUUAUUGGGUAAGGAACAUGCACUUGUCAUAAGCAAUCACAGAAGUGACAUUGAUUGGCUUGUUGGAUGGGUCUUAGCUCAGCGUUCUGGUUGCCUUGGUAGCUCAUUAGCUAUAGUGAAAAAGGAAGCUAAAUUCUUGCCAAUCAUAGGUUGGUCAAUGUGGUUUUCUGAUUAUGUCUUCUUGGAAAGAAAUUGGACUAAAGAUGAAAUCACCUUGAAGUCAGGUUUUCGGCGGCUGGAGGAUUUUCCUGUGCCCUUUUGGUUGGCUCUCUUUGUAGAGGGAACUCGCUUCACGCAGGGAAAGUUGGCAGCAGCUCAACAUUAUGCAGCUGCAAGAGGCUUGCCUGUUCCUAGGAAUGUACUAAUUCCACGUACAAAGGGUUUUGUUUCAGCAGUUAGUCAUAUGCGCUCAUUUGUUCCAGCAAUUUAUGAUUGCACAGUAGCCAUUCCAACCAAUCAGUCUCCUCCCACAUUGUUGAGAAUGUUUGGAGGGAAAACUUCAGUGGUAAAAGUGCAAAUUAGGAGACAUUCAAUGCAUGAACUCCCAGAAACAGAAGAUGGUAUGGCACAAUGGUGUAGAGAUGUAUUUGUUACCAAGGAUGUUUUGCUGGAGAACUAUUCUACUAGAGGCAAAUUCACUGAUCUUGAACAUCAAAAGAUUGAUCGACCCAAAAAAUCUCUAAUAGUUGUCACUUGUUGGUCAUGUCUAAUAGUGUACGGCAUUGUGAAGCUCUUUCGAUGGUCUUCUCUGCUGUCAUCUUGGCAAGGCAUUACAUUUUUUGGAGCUUUCUUGGUUCUUGUUACCUUCACUAUGCAAAUCCUCGUCCAUUCAUCUGAGUCAGAGCGAUCCACACCAAUUGGGUUACCCUCACAAGAUCCAAUGAAGCAAGCCUUUAUUCAGAACUAUGCAGAGAACCAGAGAGUUGACAACAGUUCAUAGCCUGUCAAUAUUUGACUAGAUUCAUUACUGGUAUCAAGUAUCAAACUUUCAGUUGUAAAGAUUGAUGGUCUCUAAUAACUAGCAAUAAUAGUCCUAUGUAUUUAUUGUACAUUUGCAAGUAAAGCAUGCCCAACUCAGCAUGUAAGACAUUAUAACAAUGAAUAAAAUCCUUAUUAGAGUUGACUGUCA